AUGAACAUCAUGGAGAAAGAUGUUCAAGCGAAGACGAUUGGAGAACCAAGGUCAGGAUAUAAGAAUGCAAAGAGGACGUUCAACACCCCAGUCAAGCGAAAGUCAAGAGAUUCAUCAAAGGAAGAAAAGGGAAAUUCAAGAGAUACCAUUAUCAAAGAAUGCCAAGUCAAGUCAAGUCAAGAGAACCAUGAAAGCGAACGGUCCAAGGGAAAGCCAAGAGAUAUGACGAUCGAUGAACCAAAAGUCAAAGCGGAGAGAGAUGAAAAUCGAAGAAUGAGAGAGGCAAAGGAAACAGUGAAAUUGAAAGCAAAGAGAUGGAACGAUGAACCAAAUGUCGAAGUGAAAGUCAAAGAGAGGGGAAUGGAGGAGUCCGGAGAUAAAAUAAUCUAG